AUGAGCAAAUCAAAAGUAACGGCAGAAUGGAAAAAACGAGUAAAAUCGGAGUAUGUACGUCUUCGACAAGUGAAGCGUUUCAAACGAGCGGACGAAGUAAAGGUGGCGUGGGCGCGAAAUUUGAGGCUAAUGUCGGAGUCAAUAGAGAAUCGUGAAUCCGAUAAUGUUAAGUCUGGCAAAAGGCCUUUCUGGCCUCAAGCAGGACCGAGUCCGAGUCAUGAGAGUCUUAUGAAACGAGCUGAAGUGACUUGUACCGAUGCAUCUGGUGUAGUAACAACUCAACAAGUUCCGAUAAGGAUCUUCAAUUCCGUGAACCCUAUACCCACUAUGUACACUUGGGCUCCGACACAGAAGAACUUCAUGGUGGAGGACGAGACAGUGUUGCACAACAUUCCGUACAUGGGCGACGAAGUACUGGACCAGGACGGUACAUUCAUCGAGGAGCUCAUAAAGAACUACGACGGGAAAGUGCAUGGUGAUAAAGAAGGAGGCUUCAUAGAUGAUCAACUGUUUGUGGAUUUAGUACAUGCUCUGAUGACUUAUCAGACCAAGGAUGAGGUUGCUGAAGAAAGGAAAGACCGAGAAGCACGCAGUUCUAAAGAAGAAAAAGAAAAGGAAUCAGGUAAAGAUGCAAAGGAGAAAGACAGCAAAGAUAAGGAAAUUAAAGAGGAGGGUGAGAAGAAACCAAUUCCAGAGAAGCAGUUUCCGAUAUUUACAAUAUUCCAAGCAAUCAGCUCCCAGUUCCCUGAUAAAGGAACUGCACAAGAAUUGAGGGAAAAAUACAUCGAGUUGACGUCCGUCCGCGAUCCAGACGCCUUACCCCCCGAGUGCACGCCCAACAUCGACGGGCCUCUAGCAGAGUCUGUGUCACGUGAUCAGACCAUGCAUUCGUUCCAUACGCUGUUCUGCCGACGCUGCUUUAAGUACGACUGCUUCUUGCACAGGCUGCAGGCGUGCCACCCGGGGCCCAACCUCAGCAAGCGCAAGGGGCCCGACCUCAAGCCCUUCUGCGAGCCCUGCGGCCCCAACUGCUACAUGUUACUGGAAGGCAUGCGUGAGAAGAUAGCUCAAGAACAAGCGGCCGGCGAGGAAGAUAAAAGCAAACCACUCGCCAUCGACUCGCCUAACGACGCCUCGUCCGAGGACAGCAACGACUCCAACCGCUUCCAGAAAGGUAGUAACAGCAACUCUAGUAACAGCAGCAGCUUGCGGCCCGCGCCGGCCGAACCGCCAUACAACGCUCUAGGGCUGACAGUAGGCGACAUAGACUCGGAGUGGACGGGCUCUGAUCAGUCUUUAUUCCGCGCGCUGCACAAGGUGUUCACCUCAAACUAUUGCGCCAUUGCGCAGGUCAUGCUGUCCAAGACUUGCCAGCAGGUGUAUACGUACUGGAUCAAUACUGGGCAGGAAGAAUGCCGCGUGGAAGCGGAACUGACUCCGCCGCGGAAGAAGAAGAAGAAGCACCGGCUGUGGUCCGUGCACUGCCGGAAGAUACAACUCAAGAAGGACUCCGCCGCGCAUCAUGUAUACAACUACACGCCGUGCGACCAUCCCAACCAGCCGUGCGACAGCAUGUGCCCAUGCCUGCAGUCGCAGAACUUCUGCGAGAAGUUCUGCCAGUGUAGCAGCGAUUGCCAGAACCGUUUCCCGGGGUGCCGGUGCAAGGCGUCGUGCAACACGAAGCAGUGCCCCUGCUACCUCGGCGUGCGCGAGUGCGACCCCGACCUGUGCACCGCGUGCGGCGCCGACGCGGCCGAGGCCAGGCAUGUGCCCGCCUACUGUCGCAACGUGUCCGUGCAGCGGGGUCUCCACAAGCAUUUACUGCUCGCGCCGAGCGACGUGGCGGGCUGGGGCAUAUUCCUGAAGGAGGCGGCGCACAAGAACGAGUUCAUCUCCGAGUACUGCGGCGAGAUCAUCUCGCAGGACGAGGCCGACCGUCGCGGGAAGGUCUACGACAAGUACAUGUGUUCCUUCCUCUUCAACCUCAACAACGACUUCGUGGUGGACGCGACGCGUAAGGGCAACAAGAUCCGGUUCGCGAAUCACUCCAUCAACCCCAACUGCUACGCCAAGGUCAUGAUGGUCAACGGGGACCACCGCAUCGGCAUAUUCGCCAAGCGAGCCAUACAACCCGGAGAGGAGCUGUUCUUCGAUUACAGAUACGGUCCUACAGAGCAGUUGAAGUUCGUCGGUAUAGAGAGAGAGAUGGAGUUUUUAUGAGAACAGCCGAAACAGUGAAUUAUGUUCACUGCACUGUUCACAGUGAAUUAUGUUCACUGCACUGUUCACAAACAUCACUACACUUAGAUAUAAGAUGCUCAAGAGCUUUUAAGAAUCUUCAUUAGGGUACUCAAGUGCUAUCUAUGUUUCUAUAGCCUGACCGGAUAAACUGUUAAUUCCGUAUCAGACUGAUAAUUUUCAUAACUUUUAAAACAUUGUAAUCAUGAAAUAAAUGUAAUGCUUGUAGCAAAAAAUAAGUCUUGUAUAAAAUGCUGACUUUUCUAGCUCGAUACCCUUACUGGGUAUUUGGUAUUGUCUUCGAAUACCCUAGCAAGAACCAAUAUCGAAAUCGAACUCGAUACGCGUCAAAUGUCAACAAAAUAAGUAUGGAAAGGAUAAUGCCCAUUUUUCUUUGGACAUCCGUACCAACUUGCAUCAAACCAAAUUUACUCUCAAAAGUUUAGUUUUUAUCUAACUUUUUACUAUCAAAAAUAUUUUGUCAAUGUUUAACGACAUUUUAGAAAAAAUUACAUUAGUUGGGAAACAGACACAGCAACAGACACGACACUUCAAAGUCACUAUCUCGAUAAUCCACAGAAAAGAGUCACUAUCUCAUCACUCUACUUAUUAUAGACGUGGUGAAUUAAUUAAUUAAACGAUAAAACUAUCAGAUCGACUCAAACGCAGCAAGGAUAACAUCAAUCAAACAAAGGUGGUUUUCCAAUUACAGAGCAUAAUGCGACUCAGUGGCGCACAAUGCCGAAUUAUGCUGAUGCUUAAUUGGAACGUGGAUUAGUUUUCAAAUGCACCAGCAGAGUGCGCUAAGUUCAGUGUGGAAAAAAAAGUCAAUGUUUGUACCUUCAUCAUUAUUUAUAUUUAAUUUUUUAACACACUUUGAAUUAACUUUGAUUAUUUAAAAAAAAACUAUAAUGAAACGAAAGUUUUAAUAAUUUUUCAACAAUAAAAAAUAUUACUAACGAUAACAUAUAAAUAAAACAUUUCAAAAAACACUUGUUUAUUUUCUGUCUCUGAGUUGGCACGAUUGCACGCAUCACACGAAAGCAUUACUUUUGAGAGUGCUCGAUUGUGCGAAGCGUUGCUGUAGUGAAACACUCAACGUUAAGCAUUAUGCCGCAUAAUGCGCUAUAAGGGUGCACUCAGAUUCAGAUUCUGAAAACAAGCGCGAGAAAUAAACAGUGUAGUCUAAGCAGGUUGCCUGCUUUUUCUCGCGCUUUGUUUUCUGAGUCUGAAUCUGAA